UAUCAAAAUGUUCGGUUAUCCAACUUUUUCUCUGGCAACUCUGGCCCUUUGUUCCAUUCUUUGCCUGAAUGGAAUCGAAGCCACUCACCUGAGGUUCCCAGGACCCGCGAGGGGUAGAUCCCUGCCGCUGAUACUGCAAAGACAGGAGCAAGCACCAUACCCACCAGCCGGCCUGAUGCGACCGCCAUUCCAACUUCCUACGGAGGAGGCAGUGGAGUUCCCUCAACCCGAAGAGACCUACGGACCACCAGCAGACACCUACGGUCCGCCUGCGCCGGUGAAGCCCGCUGAAGUCUAUGGUCCACCUGAGCAGAUCUACGGCCCUCCAGAUCAACCAGCCAACGAUGACAAUUCGAGCACCUUACCACAAAGCGCAGCCAUUAUAGACUUGGCCAGUCUGCCGCUGCCUCCCCAAGCUCAGUAUGUUCUUCCGCUCCUGAGCCGCCUGUCUGCCUUCCGCCCGCAGCGCCCGGCUAUCGCAACUCCGCAGCGCCGGCCUGAACUCUCGGCUCGUCCGCGACCUAGUCCGGCCAAGAUUGUAAAUGCUCCAGUGUUCCCAUCAACUCCCCUGGCUUUGCCCUUUGUGGAUCGACGUGUUCCGUUUCGCCCGCAACCAUCACGCCUGGUAGUAAAUGCGCCUUUCAGACGCCCAUCCAGGCACUAAACCACAUCAUCCACCACUCUGACCUAGAGCAGAAUGCACAAAUGUUAUACACUGUAA